AGUUCCCUAACUCUUCCCGAUCCCUCAUCCUAUCACCACGAACAGGACUCAAAGUAUUCAUCAAACUCACACCGAACAAAGCGGUGCUGAGCGAAUUCCCACCGCACAACACAACACACACUCGCACCCAAAGACUUUCCCAGCCAGACACCUACAAAUUCCCAUAGCAAACAAAUUUGACUUUUGCAUACCUGUGCUGCAGGGCCAGGACUGCUGAACCUGUUACUCCUGCGGAGGAGCCCCUCCCCGAAUGCAUUCAAUUCUCACGGCCAGCAACGGUAACACUCCAACGCACACACAAAAGGACAUCCAACCCUGUGAAACAGGUUGCCAUGGGAUCGAGAAUGGGAACCGAAUGGGAACCAGAAUGAGAACGGGACGAUGACAAGUCCUGAAGUAGGCGCUUCGUUUUCGUUUCGUUUUUAUUGAUUCAGCUCGUUGAUCAUAAUAAACGAUUAGUGUAGCACUGGAGGAUCCUUGC